GUACCGAAACCCUGUGCCGCCGGGCCGGCUACCUGUCUGCAGCGGGAAUGCGCAGUGCUCGCCCUGUCAAGUCCAAAGCUGUCACGAAGCGUAAGCGGUGAAUUGCAGCUGAGGGUGCCGGCUUUGGGCGAGAACACAUCAGAAUUGGUUCAGGUUGCCGUGGACAAUGUUUCUGAUCCAAAAGCCGAUUCACACAUCGCCCAAGCAUGCAAGGGCAGGGAGGCAAGGCAGUGUGCCAAACGAGGCAUUCAGCAAUCAUCUGAGAUGGCAGCACACCUGCAUGAGACGUUGAUCUCCUUCAAAGCAUUGGGCCUACGUGAGCUGGAUGCAAAGGACAGCACGGACAUGCCAGACUCAACGGCAGGCGCUCAGAGGCUUCAUGCUGCUCUUCUUGAAGCCUCGGAGGAAGUUAUGCACGGAACAGAGCUUGCUGGGAUCAUGCACGAGGACGACCAGCAGGUCAAGCUCGGUGACGAGCUGCAGGCGGUCGAGGUCGUCAACAGCGCACUGGACAUGGAACUGGAAAGUUGCAAAGCAGCUUCAACUGGUGGGCAAGACAACUUGAGAGUGGAUCGGGCGCCAUCCGAGUCAACUCAAGUUACUCCAGAGACAGAUGAGGGCGUGCUGCCCGAUGCCGUGUUCCAGGUGAGAGACGAUGUGCUGUCGCCCGCCGACUCCGCAAGGGAG